AUGGCCGACGUCUGGAUCGCGCGCAAGCGCUGGACCUGCAAGUACUGCAACCUCACCAUCAACGACGACGUUCCCUCGCGGCGGCAGCACGAGAAUGGCCUGCGACACAAGAACAACGUCGAGCGCGCGCUCAAAGGCUUCUAUCGCAAGGGAGAGCAGGAGAAGAAGGACGCGGAGUACGCCAAGAGAGAGAUGGAAAAGAUUGAAAAGCAGGCGAUGGCCAGCUACGCCCUCGACCAGGCGGCCGCCUCAGCGUCUACGUCGGUGGCCGCGCAGCCGGCGCACGAGCAGCAGGCAGCGACCGAUGCAGCAGGCGCUAGCGUUGCCACGGGUGUAGGGAAGAAUGCGGGGGAGAGAGCAGAGUGGAAGCCCGACGACAAGCUUUCCGCGUACAGCACCGCCCAGUCGCUCGGCUACGACGAAGAUCCCGAGUUCCUACGGCGGCAGAGGGAAGAGGAGCAGCGAAGGGACGAGGGUCUUGCAGGGCAAUGGGAGGCAGUCGCGCCACCUCCUCCGCCGGCACCUUCACGCACGACUCUCGCCUCGACCUCGUCCGCCAGUUCUGCUCACCACGAAUCUCUCAGCGAGAGGCAGGAGGCGAGGAGCUUCCGCCUGAGGGAGCGGAGAGCACCUGGACUGGGAAGCCAUAGCGACGACGACGGUCUCGCCGACAUCAAGGUCAAGAAGCGGAUCAAGGUCGAGAGCAGCCGCGAUGCCGCCGCGCGAGAGGACGAGGCCAGGUCCCGCAUGCUUCCCACCUGGACCCCAGUGCGGCUCGAGGCAAAGAAGGAAAAGUCGGCUGAGCCCUCGACCAAGACAGAGGCGUCGAUCGAGCCCACCAUCAAGGCUGAGGGGACCACCGAAGAAGUAGACGUCGCCGCCACGUCGUCGGCGCCGGCCGUCAAGCCGGAUCCCGACGCUGACUCGACGGCACCGGCCGUAGAGCAAGGAGCAGCCUCCGCAUCCCUGCCUGCCACCGCCGUCAAGCGCGAAGAAGGAGCAGAGGCCACGCCGGCAUCUUCCAUCGAGCCGAAGGCAGAGUCGACGCCGCCGCCGCCGGAGAGCAGCGGCGGCGGCAUGUUCAAGAAACGACGUGCCGGCGCUGGAGCCGGGGCAAAACGGGUUCGUGCGCUCGUAUAG